AACAAGAAGCUGUGAGGUUUGAUUGUUGCAUUUAUAUUUUUAAUGACCUGUCCUUACCUUCCUUCCCUUUUUUUGUUUGUUUACCUCCUCUACAGGUCAGUUGAAGCUGAAAAUGAGUGCAGUAGGGGAGAACCCUCUGGACCCUGCGACCCCAGAGUCACGCAAGAGGAAGGUCUCACCAUGCGACACGUCAGGGCAGAGUGUGGAGAAGCGGAGACGGGAGCUGGAGUGCCGCUACAUCGAGGAGCUGGCCGAGCUGCUGUCAUCCAACAUGGGCGACAUUGCCAGCCUCAGUGUCAAGCCCGACAAGUGCCACAUCCUCAAGAGCACCGUGGACCAAAUCCAGCAGAUGAAACGGCGUGAGCAGGAGAAAGCAGCCCUUCUGUCUCCGGAUGACGAGGUGCAGAAGAGCGACAUCUCCUCCAGCAGCCAGGGGCUGGUGGAGAAAGAGGCCCUGGGGCCCAUGCUGCUAGAGGCCCUCGAUGGGUUCUUCUUCGUCGUGAACCGGGAGGGCCGCAUCGUCUUUGUCUCCGAGAACGUGACGGGUUACCUUGGAUACGGCCAGGAGGAGCUGAUGACCUCGAGUGUGUACAGCAUCCUCCACGUGGGAGACCACAAUGAAUUUGUCCGUAAUCUGCUGCCCAAAAGCCUGGUAAACGGCGGGCCGUGGCCUCAGGAACCUGCACGGAGGAACAGCCACACGUUUAACUGUCGCAUGCUGAAGCGGCCGCCGGAUGAGUUGGACUCGGAAAAUCCCGAGGCUCGACAACAAUACGAGAUCAUGCAGUGUUUCACCGUGUCCCAGCCGCGCAUGCAGGAGGAGGGAGAUGACCUGCAGAGCUGCCUGAUCUGCAUCGCCUGUCGGAUGCCUCGCACUCAGCCUUUCAACACUGAGUCUUUCAUCACCAAGCAGGACCCCACAGGGAAGAUCAUCUCCAUAGAAACAAGUGCUUUGCGAGCGACAGGCCGGCCUGGCUGGGAGGACCUGGUCAGGAAGUGCAUUUACGCUUUCUUUCAGCCGCAGGGCAAAGAGCCCUCCCACGCCAAGAAGCUGCUGCAUGAGGUGAUGACCCACGGCACGGCCAUCAGCCCGCUGUACCAUUUCACGUUAAGUGAUGGAACUCCGCUCAGCGCUCAGACCCGCUGCAAGUUCUGCUGCCCCCCCAACCCUGAUGUUCAGCCCUUCAUUAUGGGCAUUCACACUAUUGACAGGGAACACAACACUGCUAGCUCUCAGGAAAACACUAACCCCAGCCUUCCACCCAACCUCGGCAGCCUUGCCCAGACUCCCUCCCGCUCCCCUUCCCUUCCCCCCGGCAGCAACUGGACUCAAGGCUCCGGCGUCGCCGCUGCUGCCAACAACAGCAGCGGCAGCAACGCCUCCUCUCACGGACACAACUCAACCACACCCACAGGCUACCUGACCCCCAACCGGACCUGUUCCCAGCAGGUCAACAGCCCCUCCCCUCUGAACAGCCCACUCACAGCCACCCCUACCUCUUUUAUGUCGCCCAGGAUGCCACGGGCCAGUCCUGGGUCAGUGGGGAGCCCUCGGGUACCGGGGAACCCCUUCUCUCCUUCCACACAAGGCCUCAAUUCCCCGACGGGGGCUCUCAGCAGCGGGGGCGGCCUUAACCGGCAGCUUUCCGCUGGUGACAGUAGUAAUAGUAGUAGUAGUAGUAGUAGUAGUAGUAGUAGUAGCGGCGCCAACGGUGGGUCGACGGGGUCCUUCUCCCUGUCCUCUCCUGCCUCCCAGAGACAAGCCAGUACGCCCGCCGGCACCCCUACCCGGCCUCCAUCUGCAAAACCUCCAGAGGACAUGGAAGGAGGGGGAGAGGACUCUGUAAAAGCCCCCCUUCCUUCUGCCUCGCCGCUGGGAAACCCCAGACACAAUCCGCUCCUGGAAAGCAAUGGGACAGGAGUGGAAUCCAACAACAACAACAACAACAGCAUCCAUUGCACCUCAUCACCUCAUCCUCCGAACCCUGUUCCUCAGUGCCCUGCCUCACACAGUACUCUGACUGAGCGACAUAAGAUCCUGCACCGGCUGCUCCAGGACAGCAGCCCCAACGACACGACCACCACCUGUACCUCAGAGGACGGAAUCAACAAGAACCAAGUGGACAUCAAGAAGGAGCCGCCGGCCAGUCCUGCACUGGUCAAUGCGGGUCCUAAGUCCAACUCCAGAGAGCCUCAGGACCACCAGCUGCUCCGGUUUCUACUGGAUACAGACGAAAAGGACUUGGGAGACCUGCCGCCUCCGUCUGCCCUCAGUCUGCAGACGGUCAGAGUGAAGGUGGAGAAGAGAUCCAGCGGGGAGGGGCUGCUCUGUAUCGGGUCCACUGCUCUCUCAGUGGGUGCAUCCAAAGCUGCAGGAGUCUCCAGCAGCCCAUCCUGCAUGAGCCCCAAAUCGAGCCCCGUCGGAGAGAACCGCAGAGACAGCCGCAGGGACAGCCGGGACUCCACGGUGUCGGGUGGCCCUGUUGACAUGGACCCUCUCACCCAGCUGCUGCCCGGCCUGAGAGGCCCGAGUGGGGCCAAGCAGGGCGGCGAGGAUCCAACAACCCCUGGAGGAGGCCCCCAGCUACACUCUCCGGCCCCCCAACGCCCAGCUCAGCUCCAGUCCCCCGUGCCACUCCAGUCCCCCCUGUCCCAGCAGCCCCAGAACCUUCCCCAGUUGCAUUCGCCGUCACCGCAGCUCCACUCCCCCUCCCCCCAGCUCAAACUGCAGUCGCCCACUCAGCUGCAGCCCGGUGAGGCCAGCACUCCCCGCAACGUCAAUGUGAAGAGAGAGCCUCCAGGCACUCCUAACCGAGGGCUCAGUGAUGGCGGCCCGCCCUCCGUCUGCAGCCUCCAGAGUCAGUCAUCCUUUGAUUUCUGCAGCCCGCCCACUCCAGGCCAGACUCAGGCCCAGGGACAGGGAGACCUCUACCAGACCCCCAAAGACAGCAGCCCCUUUCCUGAGGCGGAAAUCAUCAACCCCUUCAGUUCGAGCACUGGCUUAUCUAAGAUGGAUGUGGGAGACUCCCAGUUCCAGCCUCUGGCCCUGUCUGAUACCUUGACCUUUGACGGUAUUGGAACACCUUUACAAGCUCCCUUAGCGUCACCUCAAGAGCAGUGUGUUCCCUGCACGCUGGACGAAGUGCUGGGCCCUCCGACCACACCCGAGGGACGAAACGAUGAGAAAGCUCUGCUGGAGCAGCUCGUCUCCUUCCUCAGUGGGACUGAUGAGAGUGAACUGGCUGAGCUGGAUAAAGCCCUGGGGAUCGACAAACUGGUACAGGGCGGCUGCUUUGACCCUUUGCCCCAAACCUUUCCAACCCAGCAGCCCACUGCCUCCCCCGUCACCUUGGACCCUAAACUUCCCACCUACCCCACCCAGUUCACAGCAGCUCCACCAGCUCAGUUCCCUCCAGAGCUGGCCAGCGUGGGGCCACAGGGUCUGGGGUUCGGAGCACCUCGUGCGGCGUUCCCUGCUGGGGUGACGGGCAUGGGGCUGAGGCCGGGAAUGACACGUCCACAGGGGGUGAACCCCGGGCUGAGGCUGCCACCCAACCAGCUGCGCCUGCAGCUGCAGCAGAGACUGCAGGGCCCUCAGCAGCUCCAGAACAGGAUGGCAGGCAUCACCCAGUUUCCAGGAGGAGCUCAGCAUGUGAACAUAGGGAUUCGUCAGGGGGUUCAACAACCUCAAAUGCCCUCACAGCAGCCUCCGCUGAACGCCCAGAUGCUGGCCCAGCGGCAGAGAGAGCUUUACAGCAUCCAGCACCGGCAGCGCCAGCUUUUUCAGCAGAAGGUCAUGCUGAUGAGACAGAACCUGGCGGGCACUCCGACCGGAGCCGUCGGGACCAUCGGAACCGCCCGAGUCCCAAAAGGUUCCCCAACAACGCCUCAACCACCGCAGCAACAACAACAACAACAACAACAACAACAGUUCAGCUUCCCACCAGGGUACAGCCCCAUGACGGGAAAAUCCCCUACCUCACCGAGUCACUUCAGCCCCAUGAGCGGGAGUCCUCUGGACAACAAACUGACCGCCAGAGUUCCUCUCAGUAACCAGACGCUGAUUGGCGCCGUGCAGGGUCCGUUCAACAGCAGCGUGAACCCCUCUCUGCAGCAGGGUCUGUUUCAGCAGUUUGGAGGGUCUGCUUUAGUUCAGCAAGACCCACCUUUCCCUCCCGAGAUGAGCCCGACCAGCCCGCUACUGUCACCUCAAAACUCCGCCUCCCAGAGUCCUCUGCUCCAGCAAGCCCCGCCUCCUGGCUACCAGUCACCAGAAAUGAAGAGCUGGCAACAGACGGGCGUGGCCAGCAACAGCCUGUUCAGUCAGUCAGGACAGAGUGCAGGGCAGGCUUUCGGCCAGCAGGGGGUUUACAACAACAUGAGCAUCACCGUCUCCAUGGCCGGAGGCUCGGGCGGCGUCGGCUCGUUACCUCCUAUGGGGCAGACGGUCGGCUUGAGCAACAGUAACCUCAGCAGCGUCGCCUCGGUGUGCAGCGACCAGCAGGUGCAGCAGGUUCAGGUGUUCGCAGACGUCCAGUGCACCGUCAACCUGGUGGGCGGCGACUCCUACCUGAACCAGGGCUCCAUCGGCGCCGCCGCCGCCUCCCAGAAGGGCCCCGCGCCCCAGGCUCCCCAGAACAACCAGGCCCAGCAGAAGAGCCUCCUCCAGCAGCUGCUCACCGAGUGACGGCCCCCCCGCCCGCUCUCCAGCUCUCCUGCUCUACCCUCUCUACUUCUCACUUCUACGCCUCCUCCUCGGAGGUCGGUGCA